UUUUUAUGUUAAGACCCCUUUAAGUUCAUCCCAUCUGUGUGUGUGUCUCCACAGCCCACACGCCAUUCUUCUCAGUGGCUUCAGAUGCCUCCAAUCAUGGGACCACCAAGCUCUUCCCACUGUCAGUGCGUUACUGGACACCAGACUUGGGAGUACAGAUGAAGGUCCUUGAUUUCUAUGAUGACAGUGAUGAAACAUCUGCUGCAAUCCCCAACCAGAUAGUCACCAAGCUGGAGGAAAAUGGACUGGGACUAGACAUGAUAUCUGCGUAUUCCGCUGACAAUGCUAGUCUGAAUUAUGGGAGAUACAACUCUGUCUUCCAGAAACUGAAAGAGAACAACAAUUGCAUUUUAAAGGCAAACUGUGUGGCCCACAUCAUUCACAACAGUGCAAAACACGCAGGAGAUCGGCUAAAUAUUGGCAUUGAAAAUGUUGUCAGCAAGACCUUUAGCCACUUCUCCUCGUCUGCCAAACGCAUUGAGGAACUUAAGUCAAUUCACAGCUUUGUGGAGAUAGAGUACCAGUCCCUGCUUAGACAUGUGCCCACAAGAUGGCUGAGCUUGUGGCCUGCAGUGAAGAGGCUUCAUGACAGCUGGGCUCCUAUCAAGACCUACUUUCUCUCAUUGGGAGAGGACAAGUGCCCAAAGUCUCUAUGGCGGCUGUUCAAGGAUGACCAGGAUGGUGAGGGCAACCGCCUUGAUCUACAGGUUUACCUGUCCUUCCUCAGCAAUGCGCUGAAGAUUUUCCAUGACACUGUGCUGGUGCUAGAGCGAGAAGAUGGGACUGUCUGUGAGCUCUACGAUAUGAUGUUCACCCUAAAAACCAAGCUACAGCAACGACAGAGUGAUGGGUUCUUUGGGGCCCAGACAGAUGUGCUCCUCCAGCAGUUUCCAGACAGACAAGCAGCUGUGCUCAGAGAGGACAUGUGCAUCUUCUACGAGUCCUCUCUCGCCUACCUGGAGCAGCGCUAUGACUUCUCAGACUCCAACUACCAGAAGAAAGUGGCUAGCCUGGCACUAAAGAAGAGCCUAUUCAACUUCUCCCAUCUCUGUGAAGCUGUAGAGGUCCUGCAGCUAAGCAAGAAGUUGGACAUGGAUGCGCUAUAUGAUGAGUAUUGUGUCGUUCUGCCACGCCAACAGGCCAUUGUGCAGUCUGGAGCUCCAGUCAUGGAGAAGUGGGCCACCUUAAGGGCGAUUUAUAGUCGUGCGUAGGUCCUACGGCGUAGCUACGGCGUAGGCUAUCCGUAGCCUGUGCGUAGCUCUGCGUAGCCUGACGCGCACCUCACAAAAUUUCUAACAGCGCGUCGGCUCUACGCGGACCGUAAGCGCUGUGAUUGGUCCACCAGAACCCCUCCCGUCAGGUAAAAAAACUGCGUCAUAGGUAUUUCCGUUUGAGACGGUGAAAACAAAGAUGAGCCAAGUUGAGGAGUGAUUUAACUCAAACUGAAACAUAAGUCGCUGUUUAUUUACUUCCAUCAUUGCUGGUCUUCUCAAAUUAUACACAACAAGUUGCUAUUUCUUCUUCGUUUGUGGGUUUACUUGCUUAGCUUCUUCUUCUGUGACGACUUCUGCUGCUACUGUGGUUACACGCGUGAUUACUGCCAACCAGCGUUUUCGCGUGUGUUUGCACGUCGACGCGGACGGCGACGCACAAGUAUAAAUGAAAACCGACGCGGAACCUAGGCCGUCGCUGCUACGCCGUAGGACCUACGCACGACUAUAAAUCGCCCUUUACUCAAGCACACACACACACACACCAAACAUGACAGCAUUUGCUUCUUUCCUCUUGAGUAUACCAAUCACCAAUGCUUCAGUGGAGAGGGUCUUUUGACUGAUGACAGGAUGCUGGACAGACACAAGAAACAGAUGUUCGGUAAACCUCAUCAAGUCAGAAAUUCAGGUGAAGAGCAACUUCACAUUAAGUUGCAAGGACUUCUACACUUAUGUACUGAAAGAGAAAGUUCUCCUCAAUGCUGUACGCUCCAACAAGAAAUACAAAUUCAAGAAGAAACCUGAAGAUGCUGGUGAAAAGGUUUGAGUCCUAAAGGUGUCCUCAAAGUUUUAAAGGUGUCCCCACCAGAACACUCAACAGUUUUUGUUCC